GGGAGGCAUCUUCUGCGAGUCUGCGCGGGAAGCGGAAACAGCGUGGAGGAGAAGCGGCUCCACGUCCACCGGCUGCGGCGUGUGCUGCUCUGGGCUCUCCUCGCCGCUCGCCUCGCGCUCGGCCACCGCCGACAUGCCCAUGAAGGGCCGCUUCCCGAUCCGCCGCACCCUGCAGUACCUGGGCCAGGGGGACGUGGUGUUCAAGGACUCGGUGAAGGUCAUGACAGUGAACUACAACACGCACGGGGAGCUGGGCGAGGGCGCCAGGAAAUUUGUGUUUUUCAACAUACCUCAGAUCCAAUACAAAAACCCUUGGGUACAGAUCGUGAUGUUUAAGAACAUGACACCAUCACCCUUCCUUCGAUUCUAUUUAGAUUCUGGUGAGCAGGUCCUCGUGGAUGUGGAGACCAAAAGCAACAAGGAGAUCGUGGAGCACAUCAAAAAAAUCCUGGGGAAGAAUGAGGAAACCCUCAAGAAAGAGGAGCAGGAGAAAAAGCAGCUUUCUCAUCCAGCCCACUUUGGACCCCGAAAGUACUGCCUGCGGGAGUGUAUCUGUGAAGUGGAAGGGCAGGUGCCCUGCCCAGCCCUGGUGCCGUUACCCAAGGAGAUGACAGGGAAGCACAAAGCCACUCUGAAAGCCAGCGCCUAGGACGGAGGCCCCUGGCCCACGAGCUGGGGUUACCUUGGCCACAGGGACGUCCUGUUUCUGUCCCCAGAGACUCUGCAAAUAAAACGCUCCUGAAUCCCUCCA